CAACCGCAUAAAAUUUAACCUCGACUCAAUAAUAUUUAUUUUAUUUAAUAAAAUUCAUAAUGUCUGAUAAUACCGAAAUUGAACCAAUUAAUAAUAAUACAAAUGAGUGGAUUAAUUGGAUUAAAGAAGCUAUAUCUAAAAAAUACAUUAAAUAUUAUGAAUACGAGAAUUUCCAUAAUAUUAAAGAAAUUAGUUCUGGCGAAAUUGGAAAAUUUUAUCGUGCAAAUUGGAAAGAUUCUUAUAAACAUUUAAUAUUGAGAUCAUUUACUAAUUACGACGAUACGACCGUUAAAGAAAUCGUUCGUGAGCUUGAACUUCAUCACGAGGUUGAUUUUCAUGAAAAUUUUAUUCAAUUUUAUGGCGUUACAACUUCUAAUGAAGAAAAUCAAAUUGACCGAUAUAUGUUAGUAAUGGAUGAUGCCGAUGGUGGUACCCUCCAGGAUUAUUUAAAGAAAAAUUUUCAUAACCUCACUUGGAAUGAUAAAUUCAACCUAGCGUUUCAAUUGGCCAAUGCCGUAUCAUAUUUGCAUGAAGAAGGAAUUAAAAUUGUUCAUGGUGAUUUGCGUUCCAGUAAUGUAUUCGUACAUCAAAAUAUCAUCAAGUUGGCUGACCUUGGAAUGUCAAAAAGAAUUGAAUCAAAAUCAUCUGAAAUACCUCGUGAAAUAAUAGCUUAUGUUGAUCCGAAAAAGUAUAUCAAACGAAAAAAAAAGAAAAAAAAAUAUCAAUUAAAAGAAAAAAGUGAUGUUUACAGCGUCGGCGUGAUUUUAUGGGAAAUAUCUAGUGGUCGACCUCCUUUUCAAACUUAUGUUUCUAAUUCUUCUAAUUUAGACGAAGAAAUUUCAAAAAAUAAUCUUAGAGAAGAAAUUAUACAAGAUACCCCUCUUGGUUAUUCUAAUCUUUAUACUGAAUGUUGGAAACCCGAACCAGAUGAACGUCCAAUUAUGAGUAAAGUUGUCAAGAGUUUAAGUUCAAUGAUUUUAGAAAAUAAUUCAUCGACAAAUAAUUAUCAAACAAUUGAUUCAAAAAUGAAUAAUAAUAUUAAAAUCCCUUCAAAUGUUAAUGAUUUAUUAUAUGGAGGAUUAUCUCAAGUUAUUCAAAAUAUUGAGAUAAGUGCAAAUGAAAUAAUUGAAUCUUUAGCUAUAUUGAAAGAGAAGUUUAGUAUAAUUGUUGACGAAAUUGUUAAUCUUAUUUCAAAAAAUCUAAAUGAAGGAAAAGAAGGAAAAGAGGUGAAAGAAAUUGUCAUUGAUUAUCUUGAUAACAAUAAUAUAAAUUUAAAAGUAACUUAUGAUUUGCUUUUAAAUAAUCAAAAUAGUUCAAAUUCUAUUUUUUUACUUGGAUAUUUUGAUUAUUAUGGUAUUAUUAUAGAAGAUAUAAAUUAUGAAAAGGCUUAUAGUUCAUUUGUUAAAUCAUUAGAAAAAAAUAAUUUAUUAUCACAAUAUUAUUUAUUCGAAAUUAUCAUUAACACAAUAAUUGAUCUUAUUUUAGAAAAUCUAAAUGAAGGAAAGGAAGAAUUUGUAGUGAAACAAAUUGUUAUAAAAUAUCUUGAUAAUAAUAAUAUAAAUUCACAAAUAAUUUAUGAUUUGCUUUUAAAUAAUCAAAAUAAUUCAAAUUCUAUAUUUUUACUUGGAUAUUUUAAUUAUUAUGGAAUUUUUACAACAAAAGAAAAUUAUGAAAAGGCAUUUAGUUUAUUUAUUGAUGCAUCAAAACAGAAUCAUAUUUUAGCACAAUACUAUGUUGGAAUAUGUUAUGAAUUUGGUAAUGGAACAACAAUAAAAAAUGAAAAGCUAGCUUUUGAAUAUUAUGAAAAAAUAGCUAACAAACUUUACGCAUUAGGAGAAUUUAAAGUUGGUUAUUUUUAUGAUAAAGGAAUAGGAAUUGAAAAAGAUGAAGAACGAGCUAUUCAUUGGUAUGAAAAAGCUGCAGAUAUUGGACAUUUUAUUGCUGCAUAUAAUCUAG